AUGAAGGCCCUGUUGCUGUGGACAGUGAUCAUGGUCAUUGGUACGCUGCAGGCACACUGCAACUUGAUAGCCUUCUCAGAUAUGAUCAAGCACAGGACAGGGAAGGGCGCUCUUCUGAAUUACAAUGGCUACGGCUGUCACUGCGGUCUGGGUGGCAAAGGAGAACCCAAGGAUGCGACAGAUCGGUGCUGUGUUGACCAUGACUGCUGCUAUGAACGUCUGAAGAACAUGGGGUGUGGCACCAAACUCCUGAACUACAACUACAGCAUAAGUGAAGGCAAAAUCACCUGUGCAAAUCAGGACUUCUGCAAGAGACAAGUGUGUCAGUGCGAUAAGAUCGCAGCCGAUUGCUUUGCUGCAAACCAGAUAACCUACAACGUCAAGUACCAGCGCUAUCCUAACUCCUUGUGCAAGGGAAGCAAGCCCAGAUGCUGA